UUUCCGGUGACGUUGUCAGCCUGCGCCACCUGUCUCAAACUUUUGCUGUGUAAUCUGUACAUCCGCGGUAAAGAGACGUCUUCUGUUAUAAGUAUUUGUAAUUAUUUUAGCUCAUAACCAAUACACAGGAUGGAAUAUUUGAUCGGGAUUCAGGGGCCGGAUUUUGUCCUCGUCGCUGCCGACAAUGUUGCAGCCAGCAGCAUCAUUCAGAUGAAACACGACUAUGAUAAGAUGUUCAAGCUCAGUGAGAAGAUUUUGCUGCUGUGUGUUGGGGAAGCAGGAGACACAGUACAGUUUGCAGAGUACAUCCAGAAGAACGUUCAGCUCUAUAAAAUGAGGAAUGGUUAUGAACUCAGUCCAGCAGCAGCAGCAAACUUCACACGAAAGAAUCUUGCAGACUACCUUCGGAGCAGGACUCCAUAUCAUGUGAACCUGUUGCUGGCGGGCUAUGAUGACACAGACGGCCCGGGUCUCUUCUACAUGGACUACCUGUCUUCCCUGGCCAAGGCCCCCUUCGCUGCCCAUGGCUACGGAGCCUUUCUCACUCUGUCCAUUCUGGACCGCUACUACAGACCAGAUAUAACCCGCGAUGAGGCAGUGGAUCUGCUGAAGAAGUGCAUUGAAGAACUGAACAAGCGCUUCAUCCUGAACCUCCCAUCCUUCAGUGUGCGUUUGAUUGACAAGGAGGGCAUCCAUGACCUGGAGAAGCUCACCCUCGGCGCCAAGUGACCGCUCACUGCUUAACUAUCAAGCCUGACUCCCUUCACUUCUUCUUCUUUUUUUUUUUUUUUUUUGUACUGUUGACCUCCUUGCUCUUUCUGUUCCAAUAAAAAGUGACACACAGUUGA